UCUUGAAUGGCAACUGUCGGUGAACCUUGUACAGCGUCUAAUGCUAUUCUGGACAUGAUUUGAUGUUACAUAUGCCGUCUGUGCAUCAUAUAUAUUCGUUUCCUACUUCUUGUUGGAUUUGGAUAUCUUUCCUAUUCCUAUUUGACUUCCGUCAAAUAGAACACUAUAUAUAGAGCUUGUGGGUACGAGUCUUAUUGUAUGUAUCUCUGCAAAUUGCAAUCAAUCUGCACAUCAAUGAUGAGUCUUAACAAUUUCGCCACGCGACCUGGGGAUGGUGAUGCUCGUGCUGCCAAAAGAAGAAAGAAAAUAUCCCAAUCUCUUGAUCUUGAACCACACUCCGAGCCUCACUUAAACCCCAGCAGGUUGAAUCUUGAUCAUCUCCCUGACCUUGUAUUGAUAGAAAUCAUUUGUCGACUUCCCCUUGCAUCUGCGGCUCAAUGCAUGUGCGUGUCCAAACGUUGGUUCAGUCUAGUUUCUUCUAAUCCUUAUUUUGUUCGCCGUUUUCUAUGUGUACAAAGUGAUAACCAAAAGCCCAUCCCACGCACCCUUAUCUUCACGAAUCCAAGGCAACCAAGGAAAUUCUUUGUGACUUCCUCCUCUAAUCCUCUAUUGUCGUUAACACGCAACAUGAAUUUUAAUUUCCUCCCUUGUUUUCAAGGGCCUAUCAACACACCAGAGUAUGAACCAAUUGUGGUAGGAGUGUAUAACGACUUAGUUUUAUGCUGCGCAACCAUGUGUUUUCAACGGGAUUACUACAUUUGCAAUCCAUACAUCAGGCAAUGGGAUGCUCUUCCUCCCGCUCCUCGAUGCCACCAGGAAGUAAGAGUGGGAUUCAUCUGCGAACCCUACUACUACUAUAAUUGUAAGAAGCAGCAAUGUGAGGAGGAAGACCACCGAAAAGAAGUAGUAGAAGAAGAAAGUGAUGCAUGUAGUAGAAUCCGGCUUAAUGUUGAGUACAGGUACAAGGUUGUGCGAAUAAUUCCUCAGUGUCCAGAGAAAUCCUUCGAGUUCAACAUGGAAAUGUUCUCCUCUGAGACUGGUAGAUGGACAGAGUCAGUUGUAUCCUGCCCAAGAAGCUUUUGUUUUAAAAGCUUGCAUAGAAAUGCAGGGGUUGCGCACAAUGGAAUGCUCUACUGGUGGAGCUCUAGUGAUGGCUUUGUUAUUGGUUUGGAUCCCUACUCCAACGACAGCUCCAACUCGGCUAAAUAUUGUUUCCAUUUCAUUGAUAAACCUCAAGAUGAGUCGGAGUACGGAAGAACAUUUGAUUUCAUGGGUGUGUCUAGUAGAGGGCGUUUGCGAAUGUGCCAGUACUCCCCCGCGUAUGUUGGUGAUACUGAUGGUCAUGUGAGUGUUUGGGAGUUGAAAGAUGACCACCAGAUGGACACGGACGACGCUGCAUCUGCAUGCAAGAACAAUGGCACAUGGUGUUUGGUAGGCAGAGUUACCCUGUUACAUAUGCUUUCGGAAACCCAGUUGUUGAUAACAUGGAAAUUUUAUAGCAAAUGGCUUAACACGGUUACGGUGCUCGCUUUCCACCCAAAUGAUGAUGAUAUCUUGUUUUUAGAGUUUUCUCAACACAUCAUCAUGUGCAACAUUCGCGAAGCAAGGCUAACGGAGGUUACGGCCAUCCCGUAUUAUGGUGCUAAGAUUCACUCUGCUAGACCAGUCUUCCCAUUGGCGUUCCCGUGGUGGCCGACACCAAUACUUACUCGACACAAACUGGCGGCCUCCUCCUCCUCCUCCUUGAAUUCCCACGUGGGCCCUGUUACCACUUAUACUACUAGUACUACUAGAACCAGACGAGCCAUCAAGAGAAUGUUGCAAAAAAGAAAAGAAAAGCUAGCCUUGCUUGUGCGUCCUCAAUCCUCCACCGAAAAACAAAGCUAGCGCACUCCGUGCAUGCAAGGCAGCUAGCAACUAAUUCGAAAGGUUUUGAAGCUAGCUGAUGAGGCAAGAGAAAAAGAGCUGCACCUUCCCUAAUUUGGUCUGAAUUUGAUGUUGAUCUUUAUUUUUCAUUAUGUAACAGUCAAUAUUAUAUACGUCCAUUCGGAUUACUGCUAGUUAAUACUUGAUUGCCACU